AUGGCCAAAGGAGCGAAACGGGCACUUCAGUUGCCCAAGCAGCAACUGCUCAUUCUUGCGGCAUGCCGCUUCGCAGAGCCCGUGGCGAUGACUUCGGUCUACCCAUACAUUCCGGAGAUGAUCCAAUCCUUCAACGUCCGCGAUGAUAAAGUGGCUAAAUGGGCCGGUCUCAUGUCUGCGACUUUUUCACUGUCACAAUGUUUGACCGGAAUCGCUUGGGGACGAGCCUCAGAUCGCUUUGGCCGCAAGCCCAUCAUUCUUCUUGCCCUGACCUGUACCAUGAUAUCGUCCAUACUAUUUGGCUUCUCCAAAAAUCUUCUCUGGGCCUUCAUCACACGGUCCUUGCAGGGCCUGUCGAACGGGAAUGUCGGGAUCAUUCGGACGGCCGUGGCAGAACUGGUCCCGCAGAAAGAGUUACAACCGCGUGCAUUCAGUAUCAUGCCACUCGUUUGGAAUAUUGGGAGUAUAUUUGGGCCGUCCUUCGGUGGAUCUUUGGUCCACCCCGUGGAACGAUAUCCUGAGGUCUUUGGAAGGUUGAAGCUGUUCAAGGAAUAUCCUUUUGCGCUGCCAAACGUCUUGAUCAGCAUUCUUUUCAUGUUCGGCAUUACUGCCGGUUUCCUUUUCUUGCACGAAACUCUCGAGGAAAAGAAAUCCAACCGGGACUAUGGCCUGAUACUGGGCGAAUUUCUGACCAGUUUGUGCACCCGAAAGCCGCAACGCAGGAAAUGGUCAAACACUGAGGAGUCCGAUCCGUUUCUCUCUGGCAUGUCAAGUGAACUGUCCACACCGGUAUCUGGCUCCAUUUCCGCGGCUAAGAUCCCCAAGCAGAGUCCAGGCUGGGCAGAGGUCUUCUCCGGUCAGUCGAACAUCAAUCUCGCCGUCUACACAUUUCUGGCCAUGCACUCUGUGGCCUACGACCAACUGCUGCCAAUAUUUAUGCAUUAUCCCGUGCAACCUAUUCAAGACCCACAGGUCCAUCUACCUUGGAAGUUUGCUGGUGGAUUCGGGAUUGACUCCAACAGAAUCGGCUUGCUUUUUACGAUCUACGGUGUUUUCGGCAUGCUUAUCCAAUUUUUUGUCUUCCCGCCUUUCGCCAGGAGGUUCGGCGUUCUAAAUUGUCUCAAGGCUUGUUGUCUAACCUUCCCCCUGGUCUACGUCGCAACACCUUUCACAGCCCUUCUGCCUACCGACUCGUCAAGGCAAGGCAUCAUGAUGUUGCUAAUGUUGAUCAAGGGGUUUUGCGGUAUCUUUGCGUUCCCCUGUUCUACCAUUCUUCUUACCAACAGCGCGGCUAGCUUGAAGAUAUUAGGUACGCUGAAUGGAGUGGCUACCAGUAUCUCUGCCAUUGGAAGAGCUGCCGGACCAGCUUUAGCAGGCGCGACGUUCACAAAAGGAGUCGAUAUCGGAUACGUCGUGAUCCCUUGGUGGACAUUGGCCUUGGUUGCCGUUAUUGGCGCUGUUCCAGUAUGGUUUCUCGUGGAGAUGGAAGGCUUUGGUGGAGAUCUGGACGAAGACGAGAGUGACGUAGAGGGAGAAGAAGAGGAAGAAGAUGACGACGACGACGACGACGACGACGACAAUGGAGGCGGCGCUAAAACAUCUGCGAUUGUGGCCUCUAGAGCACAUUCCAGGAAGUCUAGUGCCCCAUCUGUACCCGAAGAGGCAGUGGAGGACGACGAAGAGUUGCCAGGGUCUCGCCUCUUGACACCAGCUACGACGCGGAAUUCACAACCUUCAUCUCGACGCCAGAGCCUCCAGCUCCGACGAGUCUCAAGCCCCAUCGGUCUUGGCCCUGGCAUCAUUCCCGCCGGAGCCCGCAGAUAUAGCAGCGACCUGGGAGCUACAAGGAGUGGAUUAGGUGUUGGUGGGACGAGUUACUAUUGA